AUGUUUAAAACAAUACUUACCUGUUUAAUAUUAGCUUCCGUUAAUUUGGAAGCAAUAUCCGCUGAAACUGAUAAGGUCAUAUGUUAUUAUGCCUCGUGGGCAACGACAAGACCUGGAAGUGGGAAGGUAACUCCAGAGGACCUAGAUCCAAAUCUAUGUACACACAUCAAUUACGCAUUCCUAGGAUUGACCGAAGAUGGUUCUUUAGAAAUACUAGAUCCGGAAAAUGACAUAGAACAAGGGAAUCUGAAAAAGGUAAGCGAUUUGAAAAAAAUCAACUCAAAUUUGAAAUGUCUGUUGAGCAUCGGUGGAUGGAGUGCCAGUACCGCAGUAUUCUUAAGUGUUGCAACUGAUCCAGUGAAACGGGCAAAUAUGGCUAAAAGUGCGAUUGAAUUUAUGCAAAAGUAUAAUUAUGAUGGAAUUGAUGUGGAUUGGGAAUAUCCUUAUGACAAAGAGAACUAUGUGAACCUCCUCAGAGAGUUGAAGCAGGAAUUCGAACCACACGGUUAUCUUUUAACUGUUGCCGUUGCUGCGAUACCCACCGAUGCUGCAUACGAUGUACCCUCUAUGACUGAGGUGUUGGACAUAAUAAACGUAAUGACUUACGACUUCCAUGGGGCUUGGGCCGGUUUCACAGCCCAAAAUUCUCCACUCUACAGUUCCUCAUCGGAAGGUCAGUGGCAGGCCGACAAUCUUAACUGCAAUUCCUCCAUAACUCAUUGGAUAUUGGAAGGGGCGCAGCCGGAAAAGUUGACGAUUGGAAUUGCGUUUUAUGGAAAAAGUUUUAUAUUAUCUGAUCCAAACAACUAUGGUUUGGGUGCACCAUCUUCAGGACCAACUGAAGGUGGAGAGUAUACGCAAAACAUCGGCACCUUGGGGUACAAUGAGAUCUGCGAAUUUCAUAGUUCCGGAGAAAUUUUAUGGGACGAUGAACAACAGGUUCCGUAUUUACAUGACGGAGAGGUCUGGGUGGGAUUCGAUAAUCCUAAAUCCGUGGCUCUUAAGGCACAGUACGCUAUUGAUAAUAAACUUGCUGGCGUCAUGAUUUGGUCAAUUGAAACGGACGAUUAUCACAGCAAGUGUGGUAAUAAACUUGGAUUGUUAAAUGCCAUAAACAACGUAAUAAAUUAAUAGACAUGA